GUGUUUCUGCCUUCUCUUUGCCCGCCCACCAACACGACUCAUCUCACCUCGCCACCACCACCACCGCCACUCAUUUGGCUGGUUCGGCUCGUUCGCUCGUUUAUCUGCAGUAAGCUUCUUUCUUCUGGGCGGACCACUUCUUUAUUACCCCACCGCACCCCACCCGAAAUUACCGUGCGACACACCUCCGCAGCGCACCACUGGUGCCCGCGCUUUCCAAUGGCGCCUACUACUGCCGCAGCCACGUGCACCGGCGCGGCCGAAGUCGCCUCGUUGCCUGCUCCGACCAAGGACCACGUGGACGCCACGUGGCUGAGCGCGGCGCUCGGCCUCCCAGCUACAGCCGUCGCGUCAGUCUUGGUGCGCCCUUUCGAGGGAGGCUUCUCCCCUAUCAUCAAGGCGCACCUAGCCGUCACCUACUCCCCCGACGCGCGCGCAACUCCCGCCGCCGCGGAAAGCGGCGCGAAUCCCCGCGCCGGCGAUGAGCACGGCGCGCGCGAUCCGCGGCGCGUCGAGAGCAGUCGGGCCGACUCCGAGUCGAAUCGGCUGCCGAGAACACUGUUCAUGAAACUGCUGCCGGCGGACACGUCAGCAUCAGCCCAUCAGCUAGGCGAGGCAGUAAUCGCUAUGGUCAAGCAGGCGCACCGGGUGGAAGCGAGCUUCUAUGCUCUAGCCAUGGCUUCUAGUAGUACUAGUAGUACUAAUAACGAUUCCGCUUAUCCCCAUUCAGGGCCAACUUGUGCCGCAGGCCCGACAUCAGUGAAUACGACGCUGGCGAAUACGACACGGGCGACGAGCUGGGUGCUUACCGGCCGCCUGAGCGCGAUAGUCCCGAGGGCGUAUCACGCGAAUCCCGAUCAGGCCAUCCUGCUAGCCGAUAUGAGCAGCUCCGCUACUAGUACCAGUGGAGGGUCCGUGCACACCACCGGGUACGAGGCGCUUUCAGCGUGGUCCAUGGAUCUCACGGACGGCCCGGACGUGGAGCGCGACGCGCUGGUUGCCAUCGUGCGCGCGCUGGCUGUGUUGCACACGGCGGGGCAGAAGAACGAGGUGCGGGGGGGAGUUGGGGGGGAGGUGGGGGAGGGAACGCCUCCAGAGACAGCGGGCCUGCUGACGUGGGACGCGCUGAUCGAAUCGCGAACCGCCCGUGUGAUGAUCCCUGUGGAGCGGAGUGCGGACAAGCUCGCCGCCCUGAUGCUCAAGUUCGCCGCCCACUUCUGCCCUGGAGAGGCGGAACCAGGGCGGCCGUUGCACGCACUGUGUGCAGCAGCCUCGCAAGUAGGGUACGCACAGCUGAUGCGCGCCAUUGCGCUUCCCCCCCCGCCCUCUGCUCUCCCCCGUGGAGUCCUCCCCACUGCGGUUUCCCCCCCUGUGCUUCCCCCAGCAGCGCUCCCCCCUACUGCACCUGCCUCUGAUCACAGCGGAGGGGGGGAGAUCAGCAGUGGGGGGAUUCUCCACGGGGAUCCAAACCCCGGGAAUGUUCUGUACAACAAGGGGAGGCGUGAGGCCCUGCUGAUCGACUUCCAGGAUACAGCUGCAGGUGCACCGGGCGUGGUUGACUUGGCUCGGCUGCUGAUUUCGUCCAUGCACCCUGCAUCGCGUGCGAAACUCCAAGAGGACAUCGUUCAGGCGUACCUGCAAGCAUACCAGCAGCAGCAGCAGCAGCAGGAGCUGCAAGAGCAACAGCAAGAGCAAGGGGAGCAGCAAGGAGCUGGAGCUGAAACUGCAGCAGGGUUGGCUGGCAUGUCUCCCAAGCCAGAGCUUCCCCAUUCUCAGCCGCUGUCGCCGCCACUGCCCUUGUCGUCGUCAUUCAAGCGAGACCUGCUCCUGGCUCUGCUGGCCGAUGCAAUGCUGAUCAUGGCUUCUGUGGCGUUCUCUCUGGAGGCGAGGAGCCCCGCGCUGUUCUACGCGCUGGGGGAGCGCAGCAUCAUGUGCCUGAGGGACCAUUGUGAGGAGAUGCUUGCUGUUGUAAGGGAGGUGGCAGUGCAGGGGAAUACAGGGUGAUGAGUAUGGCCCUGAUCGGUACGCCGUCAUUCCACAAUGUGGAUUAAGGAAUUCGGCAGCCGCUGCAAGCUUUCUGUAUUCCCUUCGUUGACUCGCCAGGUUAGGUCGUGCGGGAAGUCGGGUUGUAUUCCCCCUUCUUCCUAGAAAGCUGGAAUUCACAUCGACUGUUGGUUUUUUUUUUAAUUUGCCCGCAUCCGCAGGCAGGUGCACUUUCUGCAUUCCGUAUUCCAGCCUUUCCUAUUCUGGUGAUCGGUACAACCCCGUAUUCCAGGAGGCUCAGUGUGAUUAAAAUGAUUUCUAUUUC